CUCCUCCCACUGCUCACCCUGUAGAUCCUGUCGUCAGCGAGCUGUUGCAGAUUACGGGCGUUGGGAAAUAAUCGGACUGGUUCUUGGAAUUGUGGAACUCAAGGGAAGUAAAACACAGCGAGACAUUGGAAUCAGACGAACAACUCAACCAAGACGCAGGAAGCAAGACAAUUGUGAAAAUGGUUGACGUUCUGAAGAAUAUUGGAAAUAACCUGACACCAAACCAACUCCCACCACCACAGGUGCUACCCAGUGGUCCUGAAUUGGUGCAAUAUGUGGAAAAUGGUCCUUUGAACCAAACCAUAGCGAAAAUGCUUACUCAGAAUAGUGCCGGAGUACAGGAAAUGCUCAAAGCAAAGUUCAAGUUCCUGGGUGCGACAGAGAUCGUGACUGGUAUAAUCGGCAUAAUCAUUGGAAUAGUGAAAAUGUGCAUUGAAUCAGGUCGAAAUCGCUACUUUGACUUUGCCCUAGUAAUCGGGACACCCUGGUGGACUGGAGUUCUAUUUGUUACUGCAGGGUCACUUGCUGUAGCUGUUGAGAGAAUACCAACUGUACCUAUGAUCAGAGGCUGUAUAACACUUCACAUCAUCAGUGCUAUUUCCUGCGUCCCAGCGACAAUAAUAUAUGCCAUAAGCCUUGCAGUUGAACCACGUUGCUUUCAUUCAGCUUCCUGUUCUAAAUAUGAGGGUGCAAUUGCAUGCUUUGCCAUACUUCUCCUGUUGACACUGCUUAAUGCAGCAAUAUCUAUUGCAGUCUCAAGCUUCAACUGCAAAGCACUGAACUGUUGUGGCACAACAUCAGUGCCAAUUAUUGUUGUGUACAACAACACAUCUGAACAACUGGUUCCGUUGCAGCAGUUAUAUGCGAACACUCCUCCCUAAAUUGUGACAGCAAUGAAAAAUAUGUGCACUGAAUAAUAGUUUCUGUUGAAAUUCUGAUUAGAACAAAUUACUACAUCUGAGUUUGGUGCAACAUUAUUCUAAUGUGUGUAAAUAUGCAGAAUUUUAUUCAUUUUGUUCCUGUGUUAAUUUCACGAUGUCACCAAGGCCUCGUGUCUUGCCCAAAUGCACAUUAUCUGAAGAAGGCUGCAGUGAGCUUCCUAGUCUUGGUUGGUUUCAAUCACAUGAAGAGUCAACUACUUACGGUGAGCUACAUUUCCAUAUAGGCAAUGUAAUAUGUGUGGUGGACAAGUGAGAGAAGUCAGAGUCGAUGAAGUGUGGCGCUGAAAAAGGCACAGCAGGUCAGGCAGCAUCUGAGGACCAAGAUAAUCAAUAUUUCAGGCAUAAUCCUUCAAUACGACCAGUCCUGUUAGGCCUGAAACAUUGGCUGUCUUGCCCUCAGAUGCUGCCUAACUAGCUGUGCCUUUUCCACCACCACACUUUAUCAACUAUGACUCUCCAGCAUCUGCAGUCCUCACUAUCUCUGAGGUGAGAGAAGUGGGCAGGCUUCCUACAGUGUAAGGAAUUAGCAAACCAAUUCUAUUGUUCCAAACACCCAGACAUUUAAGAGCGAUUUAUUUUGAUAUAUUCAAUUCAAUUUUAUGACUUGCUGUAAUGUCUGCACCAUGCCAAUGUACUAUUUAUACUUUGUUCUCUUUGUGGUCUACAAUCAAGCAACCUUCCAUUUCUUGUAGACUAGCUCUUAGGAGUGGACCACACAUUAUACACAUCCACAUUCAUUGAAAACAUAACAUAAAACUGUUUUUUUACUUGCAGACAAACUUCCAUCAAAAGUCAAAACCCAUAGCACAGUGCUAGUCCAACACAUCAACAAAUAGCAGACUGUUACUCAACCAUAAAAUGUAAACUGCAACAGGAUCCAAUAACAAAUAGAAUCGAGUCUCUCCAGUAGCCUGGAGAGGAAAGUCAUAAUGUUAAUCAUAAUAUUAAAUUCAAAAAUUGUAAUUGAGACAUUUAAAAACAGUUCAGAAUAAAGUAACCCAAAACAUAUUAAAUAAUAAUAUCCACUAAGUUAACUCAAGAUAUCAAUAUAAAUGAUGCACAAAAUAAUUUGAACAUGUUAAUAAGUAACCGUAAAACCAAUAAACAGACAAAGAUGAACAAAUGAUUUGGAGCUGAACAAAUGAUCAGCCUAUCACCUGAUGAAGGAGCAUCACUCUGAAAGCUAGUGUGCUUCCAAUUAAACCUGUGGGACUAUAACCUGGUGUUGUGUGAUUUUUAAAGAUGAAUAAAGUAAGGGAAUUACAUUGCUUUUGGACUAGUUCAACUCCGAGAUUAUUUUACUUUGCUAUAGUUCAAUAGAUUUGUUAACUUGAGAUUCACCAAUCUCCCUCAUGUGUUUCACCUUACCAUAGUACCAUGUUGUAGUCCUGAACAAAGAAUAAUAUGAAACAGAAAAUGAUAAAAGGAAUGGUUUAGAAAUUAAUGCUGUUUUUCAAUCAACUUCAAUCAUAUAUAAUGGGGAUGAUGGAAGAGACUCCUCUGCAAAUUACACUUCUAUGACAAAGCCUGGAUUUUCUGAUGUUGCUGUAUUUAGUAAAUGUGCACAUAGAUAAAAAUCUCUACUUUUCAGACUUUGAAAAUACUGAAUGGAGUAACAAUAAACAUACAAUGUAUUUCAUGACAA